CCUAGUGGCCCUCCCCCGAUCGGCUCCAUAAUAGGUAACUAAAAGGUUACUCUGCUCACCUUCUCUGCUCUGUAUUUGUAAGACGUCAGGAGGCGAUGCGCAUCGUGACCUAGGACUCGGAGUGCUUCUUCCCCUUCUGCAUAAACAGCCCAAUCUGCACCUUUCAGUUGUCCAUUGCAGCUCGUCUCUUUUGUCGAUACCCAAUCCCACCCGAAAUCAAGACUCAGCGGCACACGCCCUUCCAGUCCUACAUUAACCGACCACCACCACGUGCCGCGGCCGGAGCUUCCUCGACGUUUGACUCGCAGACUUCCGCCCCCAAUCGCUGGCAGCAUGGUGAUGCGAUCGAGCUUUCCGAGGCGCCUGACCCUCGGCCGCCCAGCAAACUACCUCAGACGCCCUUACUCGGUCUCGAGUAGCAGGACACCCGCCGCGAGCACCCCGAGGUCUUCCGCUUCGACCUUCGACCGCCUAUACCUCGGCCCCGGUAGCCAGCGAGCAGUCUCCCCGUUCUCGACGUCAACACGAUGGCUCAAGGAUGACGACAGCACAUUCUUCGACCCCAAGGUCGAGCCGCUGUCCGAAGAGGAACACAAGGCAAAUAUAAAGAACCAGCGUGAGCUUGAGGAGAAGGAGCUGGCCGAGGCCAAGAGCUCGACCUCCGACUCAUCCGCUAAGAGCGAAGGGUCCGGACCUGUGCAAGAUGGCAAGGCCGGCAGUGCCGCCGGCGGUUCAUCGGCGGGGUCAGGAGGCAGUGACGACAAAGGUGACAGCGGCGGCAGACGCGGGCGCAGAGCCUCUGACAAGAGUCUGCAGAAGCCCGUCGUGCCCGAUGUCUACCCUCAGGUCCUGGCCAUUCCCAUUGCGAAGCGACCUUUGUUCCCCGGUUUCUACAAGGCCAUUACCAUCAAGGAUCCGAACGUCGCCGCCGCCAUUACCGAGAUGAUCAAGAGAGGCCAACCCUACGUCGGUGCCUUUCUGUUCAAGGACGAGAAUCAGGACGAAGACGUUAUCCGCAAUGUCGAUGACGUCUACGACACCGGUGUCUUUGCGCAGAUCACGAGCGCGUUCCCCAUGCACGGCGAGCAGGGCGCCCUGACGGCCAUUCUUUACCCUCACCGCCGUAUCCGCCUGUCGAGCCUGUUACCUCCUGGAAAGGAGGACGCGAAGUCGAGCGAGGCCAAGGUCGAGCCGGUUCCCGAGCCGAUACCCCCGAAGUCUACCGAAGAGGAUGGGCAGCAGGAUAAGAAGGGCGAUGUCGUCGCCAGCUUCGAAGAAAGCGCCGUGGCCCCCAAGGCCGAGCAGGCAGCGGAGAAGUACGAACCCACGGCGUUCCUCAAGAGAUACCCAGUCAGUCUCGUCAACGUCGAGAACUUGACUGAGGAGCCCUACGACCCGAAAAGCGCCGUCAUCCGCGCCGUGACGAACGAGAUUGUCAACGUAUUCAAGGAGGUUGCCACAAUGAACAGCCUCUUCCGCGACCAAAUCUCGACGUUCUCCAUGAGCCAGUCCACCGGCAACGUCACCUCCGAGCCGGCGAAGCUGGCAGAUUUCGCCGCGGCCGUCUCUUCGGGUGAGCAGGGCGAACUACAAGAGGUCCUGUCGAGUCUCAACGUCGAGGAGAGGAUGCAAAAGGCCCUCAUCGUCUUGAAGAAGGAGCUCAUGAACGCCCAGCUCCAGUCCAAGAUCACCAAGGACGUUGAGAGUAAGAUUACUAAGCGGCAGCGCGAGUACUGGUUGAUGGAGCAGAUGAAGGGCAUCCGCCGCGAAUUGGGCCUCGAGUCGGACGGCAAGGACAAGUUAGUUGAGAGAUUCAAGGAAAAGGCAGACAAGCUGGCGAUGCCCGAAGCCGUGCGCAAGGUAUUUGAUGAUGAAAUCAACAAGCUGGCGCACCUCGAGCCUGCUGCGUCCGAGUUUAACGUCACACGGAACUACCUCGACUGGUUGACGCAGAUCCCCUGGGGCCAGCGCAGCGCCGAGAAUUUUGGCAUUAAGAACGCCAUGACGGUCCUGGAUGAGGACCACUACGGGCUGAAGGACGUCAAGGACCGCAUCCUUGAGUUCAUUGCCGUUGGAAAGCUGCGUGGCACCGUCGAGGGCAAGAUCAUCUGCUUCGUCGGCCCCCCUGGUGUCGGAAAGACUUCGAUUGGCAAGUCCAUUGCCCGCGCCCUCAACCGCCAGUACUACAGAUUCAGCGUCGGCGGUCUGACGGACGUGGCCGAGAUCAAGGGCCACCGAAGAACCUACGUCGGUGCUUUGCCCGGUCGCAUCAUUCAGGCCCUGAAGAAGUGCCAGACGGAAAACCCGCUGAUCCUCAUCGACGAGAUCGACAAGAUUGGUCGCGGGUACCAGGGCGACCCCUCGUCUGCCCUGCUUGAAUUGCUCGAUCCCGAGCAGAACAGCUCUUUCCUCGACCACUACAUGGACGUUCCCGUCGACCUGUCAAAGGUCCUUUUCGUGUGCACCGCCAACAUGACGGACACCAUCCCGAGACCCCUCCUCGACCGCAUGGAGCUGAUCCAGCUCUCGGGCUACGUCGCCGACGAGAAGAAGGCCAUCGCCGACAAGUAUCUGGCCCCAGCCGCCAGGGAGGCCGCGGGUCUCGCCAACGCCGACGUCAAGCUCAGUGAGGAGGCUAUCGAGGAGCUCAUCAAGUCGUACGCCCGCGAGUCUGGCGUGCGCAACCUCAAAAAGCAGAUCGAGAAAGUGUACAGAAAAUCUGCGCUGAAGAUCGUGCAGGACCUCGGCGAGGAGGUGCUCCCCGAGAAGGAGGCUCUGACGGAGGACGGCAAGGAGGCGCUGACGGAGUCGGAGAAGAAUACGGAGACGGCGCGCGAGAAGGGUGAGCAGUCGACCGAGACUGCGGCCACAGAGAAGCCCCGUGUCGCCCUGAACGUCCCUGAUACGGUCCACGUCACCAUCGGCAAGGACAACCUAGUCGACUACGUCGGUCCCCCGGUCUUCACUUCAGACCGCCUCUACGAGGUCAACCCCGCCGGCGUCGCCAUGGGUCUUGCCUGGACCCAGAUGGGCGGCGCCGCGAUGUACGUCGAGUCGAUCCUGCAGGCGCCCCUGCGGCCCAGCAGCCGGCCCGGCCUCGAGAUCACGGGCAACCUCAAGAACGUCAUGAAGGAGUCGUCGACCAUCGCCUACUCGUUCGCCAAGUCGCUCAUGGUCAAGGACUUCCCCGACAACCACUUCUUCGACAAGGCCAAGCUGCACCUGCACGUGCCCGACGGCGCAGUGUCCAAGGACGGGCCCUCGGCCGGUAUCACCAUGGCUACAUCGCUCCUCUCGCUUGCCCUCGACACCCCCGUCAACCCCACUGUCGCCAUGACGGGCGAGCUCACGCUUACCGGCAAGGUCCUUCGCAUCGGCGGCCUGCGCGAGAAGACCGUCGCCGCCCGCCGCGCCGGCUGCAAGAUGAUCAUCUUCCCCAAGGACUGCAUGUCCGACUGGCUCGAGCUCCCAGAGAACAUCAAGGAGGGUAUCGAGGGCAAGCCUGUUGCCUGGUACUCCGACGUCUUUGAUCUCAUCUUCCCCGAGCUUGACCGGGAGGCCGCCAACAAAUGCAAGACAUGCGACUGGAAGAAGGCGCAGGACGACAAGAAGAAGAAGGACAAGAAGAAAAAGAAGGACGAAUCCGACGACGAGGACGACGAUUAGAUCCCUCCGUUGCACGGUAUGGCGCUGUCACGCAUCGAUUGAUUUGCUUGCCCGCCGUGGUCACACCGCGCCACCUCGGGAUUUUCGCCGUCCCACGCCCAUUCCUCAACCCUACACGAACCCUUCUCUAGUCCCGUCUUCCCCACGACGGUCGUCCCGUCAUGCCGACGACUUCGUAGCAACGGCGGGAGACAGAGACGUGUCAUUGGCAAGACAGCGGCGAGGCGAAGAGCCGACUAGCGGAUGUCCCGGGCGUAUGUUCUCGACAAAGCAAAGAAGGAGAAAAGGGGGUGGUUUUAUCACAUACGAUUAGACGAACCCGCACAAAGCGUCACGGCAGGCUGACACAUCUCCCUCACAAUUACGCAUCUCUACUCUAGAUGGACUUUUUUCCCUUUUUUUCUCUUCUGCGUUGCUUGGUAGAUUGAUUUAUUCGAACGGUGUAGGCAUCGAGAGCGAGCCGCGGGCGGGCCGGCUGUGUAAGAAUAGGGUUGCAAGGGACACCCAAUUGCAUUAAAGAAAGUAGAUUGCGCGGCAUUCGUUCCCACGCAGAGUCUUUUUGGCUGUAAAUCGGGAGUGCAGGUGCGCAAAGUUUGCAUAGGGUGGCUUUUGGGCAGAGGAGCGAUUUCAUGUACAUUAUCCGCACUGAGCCGACUGUAUGGUCUUCGGCGAAUCAGCCACAAUGUGAUUGAUGCUUGCUCCCAACAAGACGU